AUGACGCUGUUUAUCCUCACCGAAACCAGCGCGGGCUAUGCCCUGCUCAAGGCUAAGGACAAGAAGCUUUUGAAGAGAGAUGACCUUGCUACUGAGGCUGCGACGGCAGAGGGUGUUUCGAACCUUGUGAAAUUGAAGAGUUUCCAGAAGUUCGACAGUGCUGCUACAGCCCUGGAGGAAGUCGCCUCCCUUGUUGAGGGCAAGGUUACCCCUCGUCUUGCCAGCCUUCUUGACGAGGUCAAGGACGAAAAGAAGGUCUCUUUGGCCGUUGCGGACCCGAAGCUUGGAAAUGCCAUUGGCAAGCUUCCCGGUCUCGAUAUUCAACUUAUCGCCGACUCGACCACCACUGAUAUCUACCGUGCUAUCCGUGAACAUCUCCCCACAUUAAUUCCAGGCCUCGCCCCUCAGGACAUGUCCACCAUGUCUCUUGGUCUUUCCCACUCCCUUGCCAGACAUAAGCUCAAGUUCUCUCCCGAUAAGAUUGAUACUAUGAUUGUACAAGCCAUUGGUCUGCUGGAUGAUUUGGAUAAGGAGCUCAACAACUAUGCUAUGCGUGUGAAGGAAUGGUACGGCUGGCACUUCCCCGAGCUGGCUAAGAUCCUCAACGACAACCUGGCCUACGCGAAACUCGUUCUGAAGAUGGGCAUGCGCACCAACUGGGAGUCUUCUGAUCUUGCUGAGAUUCUGCCCGAGGAGCUCGAGGGCUCUGUCAAGGCCGCCGCGGACCGCUCUAUGGGUACUGAGAUCAGUGAGGAGGAUUUGGAGAACAUUCAGGCUUUGGCUGAGCAGGUUGUUGGCUUCACGGAGUACCGUCAGCAACUUGCCGGUUAUUUGACCGCCCGUAUGAAUGCCAUUGCGCCUAACCUGACAGCUCUUGUUGGCGAAUUGGUCGGCGCGCGUCUUAUCGCCCACGCCGGUAGCUUGACCAACCUUUCCAAGAGCCCCGCCAGUACCCUCCAGAUUCUGGGAGCCGAGAAGGCCCUUUUCCGUGCCCUGAAGACCAAGCACGACACUCCUAAGUAUGGUCUCAUCUACCACGCCUCCCUUAUCGGUCAGGCUACUGGCAAGAACAAGGGUAAGAUGGCCAGAGUUCUCGCCGCCAAGGCCUCUCUUGGUCUUCGUGUGGAUGCCCUUGCCGAGUGGGAUGACGAUGCUACCGAGGAGGAUAAGGCUGCCCUGGGUACAGAGGCCCGUUUCAACCUUGAGAGGAAGUUGGCUGCCAUGGAAGGCAAGCCCCUCAAGCCCCGUGGUGUGAACAUUGCUCCCAACGGUACACCUGCACAGAAGUUCGAACUCAACGAGGCCAGGAAAUACAACGCUGAUGCCGAUGCUGUUGAUGAGCCUUCUUCUGCCAAGAAACAGAAGAAGCUUGUUGAAGAGGUCCAGGAUACCGAGAUGGCCGAUGCUGACUCUGAUGCAGAGGCUGACUCGUCUGAUGAGUCGGAAGAGGAAUCGAGCAAAAAGAAGUCCAAGAAGAGCAAGGACGCUGACCUUGAGAAGAUGGCCGAGAAGGCCGGAUUGAGCCUCAAGCGGUACAAGCGCAAGCUUGAGCGCGGCGAGAUCCAGUUCGAUGCCGAAGGCAACCCUAGCUCGGUCAGCAAGAAGGAUCUGAAGAAGGCUAAGAAGGAGGCCAAGAAAGCUGACAAGGGCGAGGAGAAGAAGCGCAAGCGGUCCGACGACAACGAGGACAACGAGAAGAAACAGAAGAAGAAGAAGAAGAAGGACGAGUAA